AUGCGGCCUGUAGGCCUCAAGGCUCCCCGCGCACUCACCCGGCGGCCUCUUCUGCGUCUGCUGCUCCUGCUGUGGCAGCUGCUGUGGCCGGUAACCCGCGCCCGGACCACGCAGGGAAGCUCCAGCGCCCCAACGGUGCCGGGCUCCCCGAGAGCCCCGAGUCUGCGUGAGUGUGCGCGGGCCCUGAUGCGGGACUUCCGGCUCGUGGAUGGCCAGCACCACCUGCCCCUGCUCCUGAAACAGCACUUUCGGAACGAGCUACAGGAGGUCAACCUGCGCAAUUUCAGUCUUGGCCAAACCAGCCUGGACAAGCUCAGGGAUGGCCUCCUGGGUGUCCAGUUCUGGUCAGCCUACGCACCAUACCACACCCAGGACCAGGAUGCUGUGCGCCUCACGCUGGAGCAGAUUGACCUCAUUCGUCACAUGUGUGCCUCCUACUCUGAACUGGAGCUUAUGACCUCAGCCAGAGGACUGAACAGCACUCAAAAGCUGGCUUGCCUUAUUGGUGUGGAGGGUGGUCACUCACUAGACAGCAGCCUUUCUGUGCUGUGCAGUUUCUAUCUUCUGGGAGUAUGCUACCUGACACUCACCUUCACCUGCAACACGCCCUAGGCAGAGAGUUCCACCAAGUUUCAACACUUCUACACCGACAUCAGUGGGAUGACAAGCUUUGGUGAUAAGGUGAUAGGGGAAAUGAACCGCCUGGGCAUGAUGGUGGACUUAUCCUAGGGGUCGGACACCUUGGCACGACAAGCACUGAAGGUGUCAAGGGCCCCUGUGAUCUUCUCCCACUCAGCUGCCAAGGCUGUGUGUGAAAAUAUGCUUAAUGUUCCCAAUGACAUCCUGCAACUUCUGAAGAAAAAUGGUGGCAUUGUGAUGGUGUUGCUGUCCACGGGGGUACUGCCAUGUAACCUGUUUGCUAACAUGUCCACCGUGGCAGAUCACUUUGACCACAUCAGGGCCGUCACUGGAUCUGAGUUCAUUGGGAUUAGCGGAAACUAUGAUGGAUCUGGCUGGUGA